AGGAUGGCGGAGAACGGGCUGCGGGACAAGGUGCUGAGCCUGGACUCCAUGAACCCCUGGGUGAAGCGGGUGGAGUACGCAGUGCGGGGCCCCAUCCUAACCCGCGCGGUGGAGCUGGAGGAGGAGCUGCGGCAGGGUGUGAAGAAGCCUUUCACAGAGGUGAUUAAAGCCAACAUCGGCGAUGCCCACGCCAUGGGCCAGCGCCCCAUCACCUUCCUGCGCCAGGUCAGCGCCCUGUGCCUGUACCCUGAGCUGCUGAGCGAACCCCUCUUCCCCGACGACGCCAAGCAGCGAGCACGCAGACUGCUGGCAGCAUGCGGAGGGCAGAGCGUCGGUGCCUACACGGCCAGCCACGGCAUCGAGAUCAUCCGCCAGGACGUGGCCCGGUACAUCGAGCGGCGGGACGGGGGCAUCCCCGCCAACCCGGACAACAUCUACCUGUCUACGGGUGCCAGUGACGCUGUCAUGACCAUGCUGAAGCUGCUGGUGUCGGGGGAGGGCCGGUCGCGGACGGGCGUGAUGAUCCCCAUCCCCCAGUACCCGCUCUACUCGGCUGGCAUCGCCGAGCUGAACGCCGUGCAGGUCAACUACUACCUGGACGAGGAGCACUGCUGGGCGCUGGACGUCGGGGAGCUGCGGCGGGCGCUGCACCAGGCCCGCGGGCACUGCCAGCCCCGUGUGCUCUGCAUCAUCAACCCUGGGAACCCCACCGGCCAGGUCCAGAGCCGGAAAUGCAUCGAGGACGUCAUCAAGUUUGCGUGGGAGGAGCAGCUCUUCCUGAUGGCCGAUGAGGUCUAUCAGGACAACGUCUACGCCGAGGGCUCCGAGUUCCACUCCUUCAAGAAGGUCCUUUUCGAGCUGGGUCCCAAGUACUCGAGCGUGGUGGAGCUGGUAUCCUUCCACUCCAUCUCCAAGGGCUUCAUGGGAGAGUGUGGGUUCCGGGGCGGGUACAUGGAGGUGGUGAACCUGGAUCCGGCCGUGCAGCAGCAGCUCUCCAAGCUGAUGUCGGUGCGUCUGUGCCCACCUGUGCCCGGCCAGGUGCUGCUGGACAUCGUCAUGAACCCACCAAAGCCUGGCGAGCCCUCGUACCAGAGCUUCAUCCGGGAGAAGCAGGUGGUGCUAAGUAACCUGGCCCAGAAAGCGCAGCUGAUCCAGGAGAUCUUCAGCCAGGUGCCCGGGAUCUGCUCUAACCCCGUGCAGGGCGCCAUGUACUCCUACCCCAGGAUCCAGAUCCCAGCCAGGGCUGUGCAGGAGGCCCAGGCUCGGGGCUUUGCCCCAGACAUGUUCUUCUGCCUCCAGCUGCUGGAGGAGACGGGCAUCUGCGUGGUGCCAGGGAGCGGCUUUGGGCAGCGAGAGGGCACCUAUCACUUCAGAAUGACCAUCCUGCCGCACGUGGAGAAGCUCCAGACCCUGCUGAAGAAGCUCAGCCAGUUCUAUGCCAAGUUCACCCAGGAAUAUUCCUAA